GUAAAAUAUUAUCUUGAGUCAUUUAACUUCUAGCUUUACUGUAGAUACAUGCUUUAAUGAUCUUUUCUUAUCUAAAAUUGCCAAAAUGAGAAAACGUUUCAAUGAUGUUGAACGUAAUUCAGUCAUGUUUUACCUACUAUAACAUAUUAUUCACAUUUAAAAUCAUUACAUCUAAUAUGUUACUCGUUUAUUUAUUAUGUUUAUUUAGUGCAGUCCAGCAAACGAUUUCUCUUUCAGAAAAUAUCAUCGAUGCGUAUGAAAAACUAAUAAAUGAUGCAAUUGAGAAAGCUCAAAAUUAUGAGCUGCCAACCAGUUCUAUAAAAUACAAACCUAUAAGAAAUCAACAUUAUCCUGAAGAUAUAGGUGAAUACGACUUCAUUAUCGUAGGAUCAGGAUCGACAGGAUCGGUACUAGCAAGACGUUUGUCUGAAAUAUUUGAUUGGAGAAUUUUGGUAUUAGAAGCUGGUGAAUUUGGUAAUAAUGUCACGUCCAUUUCUAGAAUGGGUUGCAAAUAUACUAUGAUGAGCGAUUAUAAUUGGGGUUACUACAGCGAACCACAAAAGAAUUGUUGUUUAGGUUAUGAGGACAAUAGAUGUCCUCAUAUGAGAGGAAAGGCUGUAGGUGGAUCAAGUAUAUUUAAUGCUUUGAUCUACACGCGAGGAAACAGAAAAGAUUUUGACCUCUGGUGUAGCAUGGGAAACAAAGGAUGGUGUUAUAAUGAUGUUUUGCCCUAUUUCUUAAAGUCAGAGAAUUUGCAUCAUACGGAUCCUUCCGCGCCAAUUGAUUAUCCGUAUCAUAAUUAUUGGGGACCUUUAUGGGUGGAGCAACUCAUGCCACGCUCUGCUCAUCACAAGGUUUUUCUGGAAGCAAACGAAAGAAUGGGGUAUCCUAUAGUAGAUCUUAAUGGUAGACAGCAAAUUGGAGUAAUGCCAUUUCAAAUAAACACCAAAUAUGGAAUACGUCAAGAUAGUGGUACUGCUUUUAUAGUACCAGUACUAGAUAGACCAAACUUACAGAUACUAACCGGUUCAUUGGUAGUUAAGAUUAUAAUUUAUGAAAAACAAGUAGAUGGCGUGUUAUUUCUCAGGGAUGGAAUAUUUUAUCGAGCUAGAGCUAAAAAAGAAGUUAUUGUAUGCGCUGGAGCGAUCAACAGUCCCCAACUUCUUAUGCUUUCGGGAAUUGGUCCUAAAAACCAUCUUCUAGAACAUAAUAUAGCUCCAAUAGUAGACCUCGAGGUUGGCAGUGCCCUUUCUGACCACUUACAAGUUUUUGGAUUGGUUUUCUCUAGUAACCUAACAGAGCCUGUACAAACAUUAAGGGAAUCUAUUAAGGAGUUGUUUACAUGUGGAACAGGUUAUUUAGCUAAGCCACUUCCUACAGAGGCAAUAGGUUUUUACAAAACUCAUUUAGAACUCAUCGACAAUUAUCCAGAUAUGGAAUUAAGUUUCGUAGACACUAAUUCAACGGCUGAAGCAGCUGGAAGGUAUAUACAUUGGAAAAAGGAUAUAUGGAAAGCAAUAAGCGGUGACAAAACUGCUUGUUCUUUUCAAGUGUGUGUGACUCCGUUACAUACUAAAUCCUUAGGCACCGUUAGAUUAAAGAGUUCCAAUCCUCUAGAAUAUCCUGCUAUAAACCCGAAUAUUUUAUCAGAUCUAGAAGGAUACGAUUUAGAAAGUGUUUAUGUUGGUGUUCAGUUGGCAUUAAAUCUUAUUCAACAAGAGCCUUUUAAGAAAAUAAAUGCCAAACUGGAACUACAACCUAUCAAGCAAUGCAGUCAGUACCAAUUUCUGAGCAGAGAAUACUGGUAUUGUGCUAGUAGAUAUAUUGUGACUCAUAAUAACCACCCAGUCGGUACGUGUAAGAUGGGGCCAGAUCCUAAACUUGGCCAUGUUGUAGAUGAUCAACUCAAGGUUCACGGUAUUAAAAAACUCCGUAUAGCAGAUGCUAGUGUUAUUCCAUUGUCUACCUCAAGUCACAUUAAUGCAAUUUGUUACAUGAUUGGGGAGAAGGCAUCAGAUUUAAUUAAACUUAAUUAUGAACGAAUUUAAUAAAAACUUAGAUGUUUUGUUUUAUUAA